GCGUUCUCGAGGGCCAUCACUGCCGUGCCAGCCGCGUCGGCUGCGUUCUCAGGACAAGGGGCAGUGUCCGGCGACGUGCUGAGCCCAUGCCCAUGCAGCGAUAGCAGCUACACUAGCAGCUGUACUAGUAGGAUCUAACCAAGUGCCAGCAGAAGCCGUCGCCGUCGUGGUGAGCAUCGGCAGAGAACGUCAAGUUGGUGCUUGCAGGCAGCUGCUGGCGUGUUCCGCUAGCUACUCUUGGGUGGCUCCUUCAACUUGGUUUUUCGAACGCGCAUGCGUCAUCGCUGAACCAUUCCCAGAGAUGCGACUGCUCACGGCAAGUGCAACAUCGCUUCUGCUGCUCGUUGCGGUGGCGGCCGAGAGCGACCGGUGUACGGCCAUCAUCGUCGGCGCCAACGCGUCAACGACCGGCGCGCCCAUGACGACGCAAACGGCCGACUGCAGCAACUGCGACUUUCGCUUGCUCAAGGUGCCUUCGCAGACGCACGCACCUGGCGCGAUGCGCGAUGUUGUCCUCGUCAAGCAGAGCUACCCGCGGUACGUCGGCGACGGCCACGGGCCCAUGUACACACGGACCGCGCUGCUUGAAGACGAUCUGUACAACUGGACGGCCACGCCCGUGAUCGGCCAGAUCCCGGAAGUGCCCACGACGUUUGCGUACCUCGACGGCGUCUACGGCGUCAUGAACGAGCACCAAGUCGCGUUCGGCGAGAGCACGUGCGGCGCGCGGCUGUGGGCCAAGCCGCUCUCCCAGGGCGGCAGAGCGCUCUUUGACAUCGUCGAGCUCUCGCGCGUAGCGAUGGAACGCGCGCGUACGGCCCGCGAGGCCAUCAUGGUCAUGGGCCACCUCGCCGAGACCUAUGGGUACUAUGGCUGCUCGUGGGAAGGCGACGACGUCUUUGCCGAGUCGGGCGAGACGCUCACCGUGACCGACACGACCGAAGCGUGGAUCUUUCACAUUUUGCCCGAUGACACGGGCGCGUCGGCGGUCUGGGCCGCGCAGCGCGUACCGGACACGGACAUUGCAGUUGUCGCCAACCAGUUUGUCAUUCGGUCGGUCGACGUUAACGACAGCGCCAACUACCUCGCGUCAAGUAACAUGUUGGACGUGGCGAAGCGCAACGGUUUCUGGGACGGCGACGACGUCGAGGACUUUGACUUUACCGCGUCCUUCGCCAUGGUCCGUGAGCAUCCCAACCAAUAUUACUCGACCCGGCGCGUCUGGCGCGUGUUUACGCUCGCGAACCCGAGCCUCAGCCUCUCGCCCACGACCGACGUGUUUGCCUCCGACUACCCGCUCUCGACGCGGCCGGCCAUGCUGCUCGGCCCUGCCGACCUCAUGCAGCUCCAGCGCGACCACUACGAAGGCACGGCGUACGACUUGACGACCGACAAGGCGUCCGGUCCGUAUGGCAACCCCGACCGUUACUCCACCGGCGCGGCCGACGGGCAAUUCGAGCGCGCCAUCUCGCUCUUCCGAACAGCGUAUUCGUAUGUGACGCAUGCAAGUGUGCUCGACCCUCGCCUCGGCGUCGUCUGGUUUGGCCCGUACGCCCCGCACGCUACGACGUACGUACCGAUGUAUGCUGCCGUCAAGGCGACGCCCGACGCCGCUGCGACCGGGUCCCUUCGGCGCUUUGACAAUGCGACGCUGUUUUGGGCAAACGCGCUCGUCGGCAACUACGGAGGCAUCUUUUUCAAGUUGACGUCGCCCGUCAUUCGCGCGGCCAGCGGCGCGUACGAAGCCGCCGCGCUUGCUGCCCACGCCGCUGUGACGGCGCACGUCGCGACGCUAAGUAACGCGGACGCCGUCACGUUCUUGACGCAGACCAGCGCGGACGCGACGACCCACGCGCUGGCGUCCGCGACGGCGCUCUUUACAACGCUCGUGACGCGCUUUCAUGAUGGCUACGUCGUCUCCAACACGACGGCCGACGAGAUGAAUAUUGCGCCGAUGGGGUAUCCCCAGUGGUGGCUGCGCAGCGUCGGCUACUACGUCAACGACAGCAACGAGGUUCGGGUUGUCGUUGGCGCGCUCAUGGGCGCGGCGCUCACGAUCGUCGUGCUGGGUGUCGCGGCAGGUUUUGCUGUCGGGCGCUACGUGGCGCUCCAGCAGCCGUCCGUUCGCACAGUCAAGUACUGAUAAUCAGUAGCGGUACAUGUGAGUAGAAUCUUCAGUCGCCUCGUUCCUUCCUAUAAGCUCCCACGACCGACUUCAAGUUGUUGAUCCUUGGAACGAGACUGAGUACGUUCGUCGCACAGAAGACGACUUGGCCGUCGUGAGCCAGACCACAGUCCUAGGAACUCGGGCCCUCGGAGUCCUUGCGAUA